UUGAGACCGGCGUUUAUGUUUCAAACGUGUGUGUGUGCAGAUGAGCCGGCCCAGGGCUCCCUCAGCGGCCCCCAGCGAGACCCACCCGGGCCCCAACCCUUCCCCAAACCUGAGCUGGCCAUGACACAGAGCCUCACUCUCAUCAGCUCAGAGAACUGGCAGGAGAAGAUGGAAGGGCUCACGGUGCUGCGCAGUCUGGCCCAGAACCACGAGGACACGCUGCUCCCCAGGCUCCGCGACGUCUGCCUCGCCCUCGUUCAAGAGGUGAAGAACCUGCGUUCGGGCGUGUCCCGCGUAGCCGUGUGCACGCUGGGCGUCCUGUACUGCCACCUGCAGCGGGCCAUGGACAAGGAGGUGGAGACCACGGCCAGGGCGCUGCUGCACAAGGCGGCCGAGAGCAACGCCUUCAUCCGGGAGGAAGUGGACGCGGCGCUGGGCCACAUGGUGCGGCACUGCACGCCGGCACGCUGCAUCAACGCCUUCCUGGACGGGGGUUUGAGCCACCUGAGCGCGGCGGUGAGGAAGUGCGCCGCCCAGCACCUGGCCGACCUGCUGGAGAGGGUGGGCGUGGCCCGCCUGCUGUCCGGAGGGAAGGACGUGACGGACAGAAUCCUCCCGGCCGUGGUCAAGCUGGCCCUGGACUCCUCCCCGGAACCCAGGUCCUUUGGCCGCCGGAUGUUGCUGUUCCUGUCCUCCCACCGGGACUUUGAUAGCCUCCUGGAGAAGAACAUCCCCACCAAGGACCUUUCCGCCGCCCGCAAGGCGGUCAGUGGACUCAAGGCAAAGGGUCAGGGUCAGGGUUUGGGUGAGACGCCCCAGACCCCAGCCUCGCUUCCCGGCAGUGGCACCGCCAGGGCCUCGACGCUCCAAAGGAAGCUCCCCAAACCGACCAUAGCCCCCAGCCCCACCACCACCACCACCGCCACCCCGACCAACACCGCCACCACCACCCCCAGGGAGCCCAACAGCAAGUACAGCUCCAAACCUCAGGGGCCCAUCAUCGAAGACAAGGCUGAGUACAUCAGGCAGCUCACCGCUCUGCUGGAGUCAAAGGACUUCAGGGAGCGCAUCAAAGGCCUCGACCAGCUGGUGGCCGACUGCCAGCACAACCCCAGCAUGGUCAUCCGCAGCCUGUUCCCGGUGUUUGACCUCUUCAGAGACCGCCUGCAGGAGUCCAACCGUAAGGUGAACCUGUACGCCCUGGAGGCCCUGCAGGGGAUGGUGCGCCUGCUGAAGGACAACCUGUCCGGGGUGCUCAACCACCUGGUGCCCGCCAUCGUGGACAACCACCUCAACUCCAAGAACCGCGCUGUGUACUCGGCCGCCACAGGGGCGCUCUGCGAGCUGGUCCUGAACCUCGACAACAGCCUCCUCCUGGAGCCGUUCUGCUUCAAGGCACGGGUUCUUAGCGGCCAAGCAAAGGUGGACCUGAUCGAGAAGGUUGCAGAGCUGGUGACGGAGCUGUACCCCCGCCGGCCCCAGCUGGUGGAGCAGAAGGCGCUGCCCCUGCUGUGGGGCCUGCUGGGCCCGUCCAGCGGCAGCGUGCACCGGGCGACCACCAGCCUGUGCCGAGCCCUCCACAAUCAGAUGGGGCCCGGCCUGCGGCAGAGCGCCGCCUCCCAGCCCCCGAGCGUCGGCAAGGACCUCAACCAGCUGCUGAGAACCAUGUCCUGAAUAAAAAAUGACGUAAGGACGGGAACGAGAAGACUCACUGCUCUCUUUGCACUUUUACAGGUAGCUUGUGUUGCACUUUAACAGGUACAAUUUACAAUUACAAUUAGGGCAUUUUAUCCAAAGCGACUUACAUCGGAUAAUACACACAUUGACACGCCGACGGCAGAGUCAACCAUGCAAGGUGACAGCCAGCUCGUCGGGAGCAGUUAGGGUUAAAUGACUUGCUCAGGGACACAUCAACACUCAGCUAGGAGGAGCUGGGGAUCGAACCAGCAACCUAUUACAAUACAACUGUUCUACCUCCUGAGCUAAGCCGAUCCGAACAGGUAGCCUCUCAAAGCCUGUUAUCAAAGCCUGGGGCCUCAUUGAUCAACCGUACUUACGCACAGAUUUGUGCGUAAGGAGGGCGUAAGAUCAUUGCCACGCAAAGUAUGGAAUUUACCAAAAUGUAAAUUUAAGCAGAGCUCUGGCCAAGCUUACGAACAGAAUCUAGUGGUAGAAUAGCGAUAUUACAAGUGCAAAGCAAAGCAUUUAAGAGUGUCAACGUCUGCAUUAAGCAAUCGACAUCCACAUAUCUCCCAUGUUUACUUUAAUUAGAAAACAUAAAAUUACUCCCUUGUCUAAUUUUAAACAGACAAAUUACCUAAUUGGUGUCAAACCCUAUAAAAGACAGCUGUGAGAAAUGUUUGAAAUCUAGUGCAAUGGCUGAUCUUGCGUUAUUGGAAGACUUGGCAAACCAUG